AUACAGGAACACGCUCACAGUCCAGUUACUCACAAUUUAUUUCCUCAUUAUAAAUUUUGUAACCAGCUUUUGUGUUUUCUUUUUAUUGAUUAUUGUUUAAAUAUGGAAUCUUUUAUUUGCCCUUAGAAACGGAACCAAACUGUAAACAUAGAAAAUGGCUGGAAAACCAUACCACUGGCAGAGUCACAAUGUCAAGACAAGUGGGGUGGACGAUAUGGUCCUCCUCCAGAAGAUCUCUGAGGCCGGCAUUGUUGAUAACCUGAAGAAACGAUUCAUGGAUGAUACUAUAUAUACAUAUAUAGGUCCAGUGUUGGUAUCCUUAUCAAGAGUGGUCAGUCAGAACCUAGAUGAGAGAAACUUUCACAUAUUUUAUCAACUGUGUGCUGGUGCAGACAAAACACAGAAAGAACAAAUGGGUAUAGCAAACCCGGAUUAUUACUGCUACCUGAACCAGAGUGGGGCAUACAGUGUUGAUGGAAUUGAUGAUGUGAAAGAAUUUCGGGAUACUAUGCAUGCGAUGCAGGUGAUCGGUAUAGACGGACAAACCAAGGAGGAUAUACUGUCACUAGUGGCUGGGAUUUUACAUCUCGGAAAUAUACAGUUUGUUGAAAGUGGCAACUACGCAGCUAUAGCAGAUGCUGGAUUUCUGGAUUUUCCUGCCUACCUGUUUGGAGUUCAACAAGACCUUCUACAGGUGAAACUUACUAGUCGUAAAAUGGACAGUAAAUGGGGAGGGAAAACUGAGAGUAUAGAAGUCACACUGAAUGUUGAGCAGGCUGAGUUUACACGUGAUGCUCUGUCAAAGGCGCUUUACUCAAGGGUGUUUGACUAUCUAGUAGAGUCAGUGAACCGAGCUAUGAGAAAGGAACAGGAAGAGAUCAACAUUGGUAUAUUGGAUAUAUAUGGAUUUGAGAUCUUUCAGAAGAAUGGAUUUGAACAGUUCUGUAUAAAUUAUGUUAAUGAGAAACUACAACAGAUCUUCAUAGAAUUAACUUUAAAAGCAGAACAGGAAGAGUAUGUACAAGAAGGUAUAAAAUGGACACCAAUAGAUUACUUCAACAACAAGAUUGUCUGUGAUGUUAUAGAGAUGAAAAAUCCGCCAGGUAUCAUGUGUGUAUUGGAUGAUGUUUGUGCCACGCUACAUGCUGUCUCUGAGGGUGCUGACAUGACCCUGUUACAGAAACUUGGUGCUGCUGUUGGAAGUCACGAACAUUACAAUGGAACUAGUAUAGGUUUCAUUAUACAUCAUUAUGCGGGAAAGUUAUGGCAGCUUGAAGACCUGAAGAAAAUUGUCUUGUUUGUCUUGAUCAGUGUAACAGCUGAAGUACAAUAUGCAAUAUUGACCCCAGAGACGUGGCCAGAAUGGAGAGGUCAGGUCACUCAGGGAGUUCAUCAUUUAAUGAACUUUGUCAACAUGGACAGGGACCAGUACCAGUUAGGGAAAACAAAGGUCUUCAUUAAAAACCCAGAAUCUCUAUUUCUGUUGGAGGAGAUGAGAGAGAGAAAGUUUGAUAGUUACGCACGGAUAAUCCAGAAAACUUGGAGGAAACAUCAUGCUAGGCAGCAGUAUUUCAAGCAGAAGGAAGGAGCAUCUGAUAUAUUACUGAACAGAAAGGAGAGAAAGCGAUUCAGCAUCAAUCGUAAUUUUGUUGGCGAUUAUAUCGGAAUGGAGGAAAAUCCAGCAAUACGUGCCUUGGUUGGAAAACGAGAAAGAAUAGAGUUUGCUGACACAGUAAACAAAUAUGAUCGUAGAUUUAAGUCCACUAAAAGAGAUCUGCUGCUAACUCCACAAAAUAUAUACCUCAUAGGACGUGAAAAGAUCAAGAAAGGACCACAGAAGGGCCAACUUGUAGAAGUUGUGAAGAGAAAAUUACCACUAGAACAAGUGCAGUCUGUAGCAUUUAGUACAAUGCAGGACGACUUAUUCUUACUACAUAUACAGAAUGACUAUGCAAGUGUUUUGGAAUCUAUGUUUAAGACGGAGUUUCUGUCUCUACUAACCAAGAGGUACAAGGAUAAAACAGGCAAAGAGUUAAGACUUCAGUUUUCUGACAGUUUAGACUUUGCAGUGAAGAAGGAAGGUUGGGGAGGUGGAGGAUCACGCAUGAUCAAGUUUGUGAGAGGUCAAGGUGACCAGCCAGUGCUGAAAAUAUCAGGGAAAACCCUUACAGUGUCCGUCGGUUCUGGUCUUCCUAAAGAUUCUAGACCAAGAAGAACUGUACAUUCCAUCAGUAACGGAGCUCCAGGUCAGCGCAGACCAUCAAGGGUUGCCCCGUCACGUCCAGCACCAUCCUUCCCAGCACCAGCUAUACCUACACACCAGAAUGCAGGUGGAAGAAAAAUGUCUCGACAGAAAAGUCAUGAUAAGACACCAUCUCUACCACGUGAAGGUGGUCACGGUAUGGCAAAGAAAAUCCAGGAUGCUGUCAAGAUGAGGAAUAAUGACUUUAUGAAGGUGCCGGACUCUGGGCAGUCUGGACAUGCUAGAUCAGUGGUCGAGAAUAAUGUACAGAGACACCGUUUAAGCAGCUCAAAGCCAAAACCAGGUGCCGGUCGACCUAAGCCCAGACCUACACCCAAACCGAAGCCAAGUCUACCACAGUGUAAAUGUCUAUAUGCUUACGAUGCCCAGGAUACAGAUGAGCUAAGUUUUAAUGAGGGAGAUAUUAUAGAAAUAAUCAAAGAAGACCCAGCUGGCUGGUGGAAUGGUAGAUUACGAGGGAAAGAGGGACUGUUUCCUGCCAACUAUGUUGAGAAAAUGUAAAUUCGUUAGAGUAUCAUCCAUUUGAUAAUAAUUCAGACAUUAUUUCUUCUAAACAACUGAUGAUGCAGCUUUUUUUGAGGAUAUCUAGGAAUGAUGUUCAGUAAAAAAGAAUGACAUAUGUAUCCUUGUUAAGAUAUCAAAAACUCUGGUUAAAAAUCAGUCUGUAGAUUUCCACAGUGAAACCAGUCUUUAUCUAAAUUUACGACUACAACACCAGUCUAUAAUUUGUCACAGUAAAGCCAGUCUAGUUUACAACAGUAACACCAAUCUGUAGUUUACCACAGUAAAACCAUCAUGUAAUUUACAUUGGUAAAAUCAGUCUGUAGUUUACCGAGACAAAACCAGUCUGUAAUUAACUUUAGGCAGGUUGAAAUGUUUGAAGCUAAUGACAUUGCUGAAGAAAAACUGGUGUUACGUUAUGGUAUAAUGCAAGAAGAUUGAGCUAAAGUUUGUUGUAUGUUUGUUAUAGUUUAAGAUUCUGCUUCCUUUCCAAAUUGGGUUUUACAGUCAGAGAUUUACAUGAAGGAUUUAUUUCUGUUAUAUUUGUCAACUCUUAUAAUAUUCAUGAAAACAGCUAAAGUGCUGUUAAGUGUUACAAGAUUGCCAGAUAUCAAGGUUUUAAUAAUGCGCAUUAAUUCCCGUUUUAAAAAUAAGGAACUUUAAUUCUCAUGAAAGUAAUGUUAGAUUAAAGAUUUUUUUAUAAUUCACUGUAUAAAUGAAGAAUUGUGAAUAGUUUUAAAUCAAGAGAACUUAACAGGGAAACACAGAAAGAACAGCUUUUGUGUUCAGAAAUACAUCUAGGAGAUAUUUUGUCAAAAUUUCCAAUUUGAGAAAUCGUAAACAUUCUCUCAUUGCAAAAUUAAACAUUCAUUUCACAUACACAUUAUGGUCAUUUUUCCAAAAUUAUGUUAAUUUUGGCCGCUUUUCAGGAGAGGCGAAAGGUUAAAUUAUUUAAACGUGGUAUCAAAGGGGGGGAAAUGAAAAUUUCAGAUAUUUUAACAUCAUCAGCAUUGACUGUAGUAUUUUUUCUGCGGAAAAUUAAGUGAAUUACAACUGUUGAAUUAUGGAAAUAAACGUCUUAAUUUGUACUACAACUGGCAUACAAAGUUUUUGAAAAAUAAGAAGUGAUAUCAUUCACAAAACAAACAAUUUUACUCCACGAAGGCCUUCUUGACUGAUUUUGUCUUCGAUAAGAAUUUAAAAGUGAUGCAAGGGGAGGCAGUUUGAUGUUUUAGACAUUUCUUAUGGUGAUACAUAUUUCCCCAUUGUUUAAUUAUGCAAUAUAACAAUAUUAGUAGUAAAAUAGAUAGAGAGAAAUUUAGGGAAUAUAUUAUACAUGUAUAUACUUUGUUGAAGAAUUACAUGGCAUUGCCGUCCAGGUAUGAUUACAUAGGUUCAUAUUAUAUAAACUACAAACAUACGCGUUCUCAUUUGACAAUUCAUCCAUCCACAGGCAGUUUGAAAUAUGAGAUAAUUUUGAAGAGCUGUUGCCUGAAAAUUAUGAUUUUUUUCUGUUCAGUAUCACAUCAUAUUGCUCGACUGACUACAUAAUAUGCAAGUGACAAGAUUAUAUGCCAUCAGAUUUAUAAUGCACAUGUUUGUAUCGAAUAAAUAAAUGUGCCUUCAAAUAUAUAUAGAAAUUUCUACAUUAUUUUAUGUUAAAUUUGUUAGCAGUGACUGUCAUACACUGCCCCUUCCUCGAUUAAGCCCCUUUCCUAAUGACACUCCCUCCACAUUGAAACAAGUAUUGCUCGAAGAAAUUAAACAAAUUAGGGCUAAAUAAAUGCCCCGCCCUUUUGCAAAAAGCAUUACCUUUGGGAUUUUUUAUCAAGAGAAAAUACGGCAUACAGGGCCGGUUAUUGUAUUCAUCCAUUAGUAGUAAAUAAACCUAAGUUUAGGCUCUGUGUUUUACUUGUAGUUGUUUACUUUGUACCAAAACAAUUAGUCCCCAAAAUAAAUGGAAGUCCAUUUUCAAGGAAUUUAAGUUAUUUAACUUUGUUUUUUUGGUAAAUAGCGUUUAUUGUAAGCUAAGCUCUACCACUCGUAAGAGGCCACAAUGACAGUGUUCAAUGUUGAGAACUUUGAACUAAUUGCCACUCACGACAGUGGGUUCAAAGUUUACUGAGAUGUAAAAUGUCUUCGUAUAAGGACGCCAUCUAGAUGGCUUAACAAAAUUAAUGUCUUCUUUGCAAGCGCCUACUUGUGCAUGAUAUAAUAUCUUGAGUGGAGAAACCUUUUUUUUCCCCUCCAAAUUUGCCAUAUGACCUAAAAGUGUGUGGGCAUGACUUAAACCCAAGUAACAUAAAAAUCAAAUGUUUUAGUUGUAUGACAAAAGUAUCUUACUGACUUUAUGAUAUAUUGCAGGACAGGAUUUUUAACCAUGAACAAUAUGAAGGGUGAUAUUUUCUUUCUUUGUUGCUGAUAUUUGUAGUCUAUUUUUGAUACUGCUGUAUUAUAUAUUGUUACAUAUUUUUGUUAAGUUUGAACUGUUUAUAUUUGUGUAUUGGUUAAAAAUACAUUGUGAGGUAUUACAUUGGAUGUUUGCAAGCUUUUACUCUUGUUAAUACAGUAACUGUGAUGUCAUUAGUUUCGUGGGCUUAAAAUUGGGCAAAAAUGUCUUUUUGGUGAGGAUAUCAAUUCAUGAACUUUAACCUCUGAACAUAGUGAAUGGAAAUUUGACUUGUUCAUUUACAUUAACUUUCUUGGAUUAACAUAGCCUUGAAAUCCUACUCGGAAUAUUGAUUUUUUUUGUGUGUAUAAUUAGGUGAUAUUGUAGAUAUUUUAAAGAUUCAAGCGAAUGAUUAUCAGUUGCACAAUUUCUCAUGGCACGAUUGUAAGCUUAGAAUAACAUAUUUAUACGAAAACAUUAUGCGAAAACAUUUUUAUAAUUAGAUAGUUUUUAAGACAGUAUUUUCAUCUAUAGUAUACCUACUGGCGCCAGACCAGAAAGAAAAUGCCUCUGUUCAUGUUAUACCCUACCCCUAGGUAUUCUAUAAGAACCAUGGUCAUGAAGGGGAAAAUGUACUGACCCUUCAAUUCCGCAUUUCAUACCUUAAGCACGCAGUUUAGUAAAUGUGUGCUACAUGUUUGGAUAUCAAACAAGUGGUAAUUUAUCUUCCAUUGUGUACCGGUCACAUUUCUUCAAUUCUUCAAUACUUCUUCUUACAAAAACAACGUGAAGUUUAUAGUUUUUUCAACGUUACACGAAAAACUUGCUUUACCUUCCCUUGUGAAGUUCCGUUCUAGAUUACAAAACUAUUCUGACUGGCUGUUGUGAAUAUGUAUGUCAAUCGUCAUUUUACCACAGGUGUUCGCUAAUAUGUAAAAAUGCAGCAUAAAUGUGCAAAAUGAAUAAAAUAAACAGAACAGAUGUAUGUAGACCAAUGUAUGAUUUCAAAUUAAAAAUCAUAUAAAAGAUGAAUUUCAUUCAUCAUUUCAAGUUUUAGUGUAAAAUUGUGAUUUUUUUAAAUUCUGUUUUUGUUUGUUUACGUCUCGUCUAACAUGUGCACACUGCCGUGACCUCUAGACCGGAUGUUCAUUAGGGAAGAUCACGUAAGUUUUUUUCUGUAACGUUGACGAAAGCAUAAAAUAUGUUGAUAAUCUAAGCAAUAUAGAAUAUUGAGACAAUGUGACUGCUACACGAUGGAAGAUGAAUUAUCGCUUGUUCAAUGUACUAGGUACCCAUUCACCGAAUUGCGCGUUUAAGUUGAGAAAUGUACGAUUGAAACGGGUUAGUUUAUUUUCCCCUCCAUGACCGUUGUUCUUAUAGAAUACCUAGGGAUAAGGUAAAACAUGUACAGAGGCAUUUUCUUUCUGUUCUGGUGCCAGUGAGUAUACCUAGCAACAAAACUAACAAUGACAGACUGAUAAUUGUGCCUUUUACACGAUGCAACAUAAUCGUUAUGGCUCAAAGUAACAAUAAAACUGAAGAUUUUGACGUUGAUGUCGUAGAGAAUUGAAAUAACAUAAUACAAAACUGCCUAAAUAUUAACAUAAUAAAGAGGAGAGGUAACAGAAAGUAGCAAGGGGGUAUCAAUCUCUUACAGUAUACUGGGAAAUCAUUUAAUUUUGUGGUAAUAAAAUUUCGUAGUUUUGAUAAAAAGACUUAGAGGUGUAUGAGUUUAUGGAUUUCAAUUUUGGAUGCAACAAUGUUGUAGCUUUGUUGGGAUUUGUUUGUGAAACAUUGACAUCCACAAGAAUUAGUCUGUCCACGAAAAUGAAUGAUUUCACAGUAUAUAAAAAUGUUAUUUUUAGAUCUGAUUCUUGGACAGUUUGUCAUAUUACUGAAUGCAUUUUAUGGCAUAUAUGUUUGAUUUAUUUAUAUGUAAUACAUCCAUGAGUUAAUUUUAAUGUGAUAUUAGAGAAAUUACGAUUUCUUUUUUGCAUGUGUAUAUGUACUUGUAGUAAAGCUCUACAUAAUAAUACGUGUAAAUGUGCGCUUAAAUUUGUACUGUUGCUUGCUACUUAUAAAUCUACAUGUUUCAGACUUCAGAUUUCUGUUUUACAAGUAUAUUGUGACUGUGUACAGUUCAGUUGUGGGAAAAUUGUUUUUUUUUUUCUGAAUUUUGCCCCCUUGCAUGCGUGUAUAUUAAAAGUAAAAUAUGAAAUCGUACAUGUAUGCAUUCCUAUACAAGUACGAAAUCGCAGCAUUUAUGUGUUAUAUGUUUGCUUAUGUCCAACAGUUUGACAUUAUCUGUGAUUCCUACAAGACCAAUCCAAGUUCAGCAGGUCAUCAGUAAAUUUUUGUUUUCAAAUAUUUUCUAGUUUUGAAAGACUUUCAAUUUUAAAGUGCAGUUAGAUUACUUUUUAUCGUAAUGUUUUCUUCAUCAAAAUGGCUUUACAGUCCUUUUUACAGAAUACUGCUCUAUUUUCUAACAUAUUAAGUGUUGUUAUUUUCAACUUAUUUCAAUCUAAAAAGAGGUUCGUAAAAAGUUUUUUAGUAAAUUUUCUCAUAGUUUUGCUAAGAACUUGGUUUGGUCUUAUAUUUUAUACCUGAAUACAUUCCUUAUACAGUUAUAUUCCUCUUUCAUAAACAGUUUAGCUAUUGCACAGUUUGAAUCAUGACAUUUUACACCGAAUUUCGGGUAUUAAAACGACAGUGUUAGCCGCUGUCAAACUGAGUAUCUGAAAGUUACAGGUGGCAUAGUCACAAGUGGUGUAUAAAGCUUUAUUAACUUCAUUCACUAAAAUCUUGAAAGACUUUGGACCUAUUUUAUGAUAUUUAAUGCUUAAUAUACUUUUUAAUGUAGUAAAACAGAUUCAAACAUUCCAUGAUUUUAGUGAAUAAAAAAAUCGUAAUGUAUUAUAUACCACCUUUAAGAAAUUGAAUCUACAAUAUUCACUGCAAGAUACAAUUUUCACAUUCGUCUUGCUCAUCUGAGCAAUGUUGUAAUUACUAUGAAAUCAUUUAAUUUCAUAGGCACAAAUCAUCUUGGUUUUGGCUUUAAUGGCUAUUCAUACUAUAAAUUUAAAUACUUUGACCUAUGAACAGAAAAUGAAUGGGAAUGUUACUGCUUCAUUUGGAUUCAGUCUACUUGCUUGAAACUGGUCAUUUCACAGUAGACAUUGUAUAUGAAGAGUACACAGAGAAAAUUUUCACCCUUUCUAUGAAAGUGUCUUAAAAUAACAGAAGCAGUAAUGUCUUCGGAUAGAAUAUCUUUGUAUACAAGUGAGAUUUCAGGAUAUAUUUUUACAAGGUAUAAAGUGUCUUUCUUUUCUUCUUUUUUAUGUCUGCCAAUUUUGUGUACACUGGUAUGUAAAUACAUACUUUAAUCCCCAUAAAACAAUCUACACGUAUAAAAUACCUUGACCCAUUAAGGUACAUGAUACGUAUUGAAAUAUAUUUUAAAUGCCUGAGUAAAUUGUCUAAAAUACUGGCACAGUGUAGCUGUUUAAAGCAAACGGUUGCUUAGGAGAAAUUGUAAUUUGCACAGAAAGUGCACUAGGGAAGUUACCUUACUGGCUGUUUAAGACAAAAGGGUUGUUUAAAUACAGGUGGCCUCUAAGGCUCAAGCAGGUUUCAUAUGUAUAUUGCUUGAGCUGUGCUCGAGUCACCAAUGGCCUUGGGUGAUCAAAACAAAGAAAUUUUAAGAAAAAUGUUAGGAGACCACAGGAAUAUGUGAUAAAAAGAAUAUUAUAUUUGUGUCUUUCUAAAUCACAUUGAUGAAACUCGCAUUAUAUUAUGUUAUGCGACUCUUUUUAACCAAUGCAGUAUGAAAAUACACUGCUGUAAUAUCCUCUAAUGAUUUUACCUGUUAUUUCUCAAUGUCUACCUGACAGUAAACUUGUCAUCUGAAAUAUUAGCGUGUAGCUUUAAAGGCACCUUGAUCAUUUUUCGACAAUUAAUUGUUAACAAAAUUACAUUGCAAUGCAGUGUGUAUCUUUUUUAUAGCAAUUAACAUGUAGGAAACUGCUUUCUUGUAUUUGACUUUGUUAAAACGUCCAGACAUUCCACACAUUUUUAGCUCAUCAAAAUUUUUGAAGAAAAAAAAAAGUUAUUGUCAUCACUUGACCGGCGUCGGCGUUAGCGUUGCCUGGUUAAGUUUUAUAUUUAGGUCAGCUUUUUUCCUAAACUAUCCAAGUUAUAAUAAUUGCUUUAAAACUUGCAACAAUAGCUGACUCUGUUCAGCAAGAAAUAACAAAACUCCAUCCAAGAGUUUUGCAAGAAUUACGUUCCUUUUUGGACUUGGAGAGUAUCAGAUUUCUUGGUUAAGUUUUGCAUUUAGGUUAACCUUUCUCCUUAACGUUCAAAGGUAUUGCUUUAAAAUUUAGAGCACUUAUUUGCCAUAGAAAGCUGACUCUGUACAGCAAGUACCGUAACUCUAUAUUGCUUUUUGCAAGAAUUAUGACCCUUUUGGACUUAGACAGUCAGAUUCUGUCAUAUCAAAACUAUUGCUUUAAACUUGCAACACUUAUUCACCGUCAAAAGCUGACUCUGUAUAGCAAUUAACAUAACUCCAUCCUGCUUUUUGCACUUCUUGAAUUAUGGCCCCUUUUAGACUUAGAAAAUAUCGUAAAAACACAUAGGUAGGACAAUAUUUUUAUUAUACAGAAACAAAAAAGUCAGAUGAGCGUCUGCACCCGCAGGGUGGUGCUUUUGUUUGUAACAGAGAUGAAUAUUGAUGUCUGAAUAUUAGUUUUUGUUGCCUUAAUAAAUCCUGAUUGAAUAAAACUGAAGUUUGCCCACUUUUGUAAUCUGAUCCUUUGGAAUUCUUACCAUGUUUUUUCAAGACUAUUUAUUUCACCAUGUCGGUGUAUAGUUCCUGUAUAUCAUAUUUUUCCAAUUGGAUUAUCCUUUUAAAAUUAUGCAUGUACAUUGUAGACAUAAAUGUGGGCAUGUUUCUAUAUUACAUUUAUUAGAUAUAUCAUUACAUAUAUUAUUAGUUCUAUAUACUAUAUAUACAUACAAAUUAUUAUACACUUGCAUAAAAACAGGUGUAUAGUUUUACUUGUUAAUUCUUAAAAUCUGAUUAAGAAUUACUGUAAUAAUUUCACUGUUAAAUAUGCAUUUAAUAAAUUAAAAAAACUAUAUAAAUAUCA